UAUAUUCGUAUCAGUUCGUAUUUUUACUGUGCUAUGAGUUACGUAAAAUUAAAUUAAUAGAUUCCACUGCAUUUAUCUUUUUAAAAUUUUUAUAUGUUUCGUGUAUAUUAAGUAACAUUAAAUAUAAAUAGUUUUGAAAUAAUCGGUAAAAAUGGCAACAACUGUGCUUAAUGUGAAUGAAAUUAAAUCGAGAGCUUUAGAAGCUUUUGUGAAUAAAUUUAGGGAGAAUGCGAAUGUUUGUGUGUGCGCACCCGGUCGCGUGAAUUUAAUUGGAGAGCAUACUGAUUACAAUGAAGGUUUUGUUCUACCGAUGGCAUUGCCCAUGGUUACACUCAUAGUUGGAAAACGUAACAAUGUGGAUAAAUGUAAAAUUGUUUCCCUUAGUGAAAUAGUUAGUUCUGAAAAUUAUGUUGAAUUUGAAGUUAGGUCUCAUAAGAGUAUAAAACCAGGAGAACCAAAAUGGGCUAAUUAUGUAAAAGGAUGUAUAGCAAAUUUUAUUUGUGAUGUGCCAUCUUUUAAUGCUGUGAUUAUAUCCUCUGUACCAGUUGGUGCUGGUCUGAGUAGUUCAGCUGCUUUAGAAGUUGCUACUUACACAUUUUUGGAAGCAUUAACUGGUAUAAAAUCAGAAAAGCCAGAGGAUAAAGCUUUAGCAUGUCAACGUGCUGAACAUGAUUUUGCUGGAGUUCCAUGUGGUAUCAUGGAUCAGUUUAUCUCUGUAAUGGGUAAAGAAGGCUAUGCUCUUCUUCUUGAUUGUAAAGAUCUUAGUAUUAGACAAAUACCCAUGUUACAAAUAAAUGAUUAUGUCUUUCUAAUUACUAACUCUAAUGCUCCUCAUAAAUUAAGUUCAAGCGCAUAUUGUGAGCGCAGAGAUUGUUGUUAUGAAGCUGCAAAAAGAUUAAAUAAAAAAAGUUUGCGUGAAGUAUCUAUGAGUGAUAUUCAAGUUUUAAAAUCACAGAAUGUACCUGAAGAAAUAAUAAAACGAACUCGUCAUGUAGUAACAGAAAUUCAAAGAACUAUUGAUGCCGCAGAUGCCCUAGAAAAAGGAAAUUUUGAUAAAUUUGGAAAGUUAAUGAAUGAAAGUCAUGAUUCUUUAAAAAAAGAUUAUGAAGUAUCUUCUGUUGAGCUAGAUACUUUAGUAACAGCAGCAAGAGCAAUAAAUGGUGUCUUAGGAAGUCGUUUAACUGGUGCUGGUUUUGGAGGGUGUACAGUAACAUUAUUGAAGAAAGAUGUAAUUGAUGAAGCAAUUAAUCAUAUGAAGGCCAAGUUAGAUUUUUUCCUUAAAUAUUUCUAUAAUUCUCUUCCUCUUUCUUUACACAACAAUGUUUAUAAAUGUCUUUUUAUUAUAGGUAUUCUGGAAAUGCAACAUUUUAUAUAGCAAGCCCUGCAAUGGGUGCAAGAAUCCUGGAUAUAAAUUAAACAAUAUGAUAAUGGGAAGUAAUUAUUUAGUUUUAACUAAUAAAAAGUCAUGUUAUCGGAGAAAUCUAAUUAAGAAGACUUAUAAUUUAUUUUCAUAGUUAUAUUAAACAGGCUUGUUUAAUUUUAGAAAAAAAUGAUGUAUUGUUAGAAAAAUAUGUAUACCUACUAGUAGUUUUAUUGAAAUUUUGAUUUUUAUGGGAUAUUAUCUAAAACUUAGAAUAGUGUGCCUGAAACAUUUUUUAAUAUUUGUUAAUAUUUUUUGAAAUGAUAUGAAGUAUUGACAUAUGUUAAAUGUAAUAAGGAGUAAUUUUUAAAUAGCAUGUACAAAUAAUGCGUCUGUAUAAAAAGUCAUGUGAAAUACUAUUGACAGUUUACGUGGAUUUGCGUCAAUGUAUUCAUUCAUGGUUGUAUAUGCACAGGUUCACGAAUGUAUUCAAACAUUUGUAGAGAUGUUUUGUAAAUAUAUUAUGUGUGUUAUAUGAAA